CUUCUCUAAAUAGAUCGUAUUGUAAUCUUUUCUCACUCCAACGUGGUUCCUUCAGAAAGAGUGUUGCAUCUUCUCUAGACUUCUGCGGUUUAUGAGGAGCCGGUGACAGUGAUGAACUCCGAGCAGGAAAGGCCGUUCGUGUGCAGUGCCCCGGGCUGCUCCCAGCGUUUUCCCACAGAGGACCAUCUAAUGAUUCACCGCCACAAGCAUGAGAUGACCCUCAAGUUCCCCUCUAUCAAAAAUGACAACAUGCUGUCAGAUCAAACGCCGACGCCGACGCGGUUCCUGAAGAACUGUGAGGAGGUGGGUCUUUUUAGUGAACUGGACUGCUCCAUCGAGCAGGAGUUCUGCAAGGCUCAAGAGGAGGAGGACAGCAAACAGAACAUCGCGCUUCACGGGCAGCCUGGACCCACCCACCCCCACCCCACAUCCCACCCCCAUGCCCGAAUGGUCACCCACGAGAGCAGCAUAGUGAUCCAGCAGGCCCUUCCCUCGCCCCAGUCCAGCUCGGUCAUCACACAGGCGCCCUCCACCAACAGACAGAUCGGGCCAGUUCCUGGUUCUCUAUCAUCACUGCUGCACUUGAGGAACAGACAGCGUCAGCCUCUCCCUGCCUCCAUGCCUGGCACUCUGCCUGACCCCACCAUGCAGGGAUCCUCCGCUGUGCUUAUGCCUAUGGAGAGACAAAUGUCCAUGGGUUCCAAUUUAAUGAGCAUGCAAGGCUCCACCCACAGCGGCACUUGCUCCUCCCCCCAUGUUCCACCUAUGCACUCGGAGGCAAAGCUGAGACUGAAAGCUGCACUGGCUCACCAUCCGGGGCCCAUCGCCAAUGGCAACAUGAACACAAUGGGUCACAUGAUGGAGAUGAUGUCGUCACGUCAAGAGCAGGGCGGCCACCACCACCUGCACUCACACCCUCACCAGCACAUGCAGGGCCCGCCGCACGGCUACCCUCACCACGCCCACCACCACAGUCACCCCCAGACUGGCCACCACCACCCGCAGAGCCACGGGCACCCCAACAGUCACCCAGGCCACCUACACCCUGCGCAUGGGCACCAGACCUCACCCCACCAACCCAUGCAUUCUGCCGCAUCCCAGUUGUCCCCGGCCGGCCAGCAGAUGCAGCCCACGCAGACGAUGCAGUCGCCACCCACCAGCGGGGGGCGCCGCAGGCGGGUGGUGGACGAGGACCCCGACGAGCGCCGACGCAAGUUCCUGGAGAGGAACCGUGCGGCCGCCACGCGCUGCCGACAGAAGAGGAAAGUGUGGGUGAUGUCUCUGGAGAAGAAGGCCGAGGAGCUCACCCAGACCAACAUGCAGCUGCAGAAUGAAGUGAGCAUGCUGAAGAAUGAGGUCACCCAGCUGAAGCAGCUCCUGCUCACACACAAAGACUGUCCCAUCACAGCCAUGCAAAAGGAGUCGCAAGGUUACCUCACACUGUGCCCGGAGCAGGAGGGUGCUGAACGACCUCCACGUCGAGAGGAGAAAACCACGGAGCUGUCUAUGCACUUUGACCUCCGCAAGUGACGCGGAGGGUGGAAUAGCCAUAUUGAAGACUCAGCGAUGAUUCUGUUCCUACACCAGCGAGAGGCAGCCACUGUCGCCCUCUGGGGAUAAUGUCACCAGAGAUUUUUUACCCUACCCUGCCUCCAAAAAAAAAAGAGGAGCCCCUACUGGAAUAAUAGGGGAACUGCUUUCUGCUCACACUUCAGCCUCAUAUCUUGGGAUAGACUCUUAUAGCUUUAAAACUUUUCAGAUGUCCAUCUUUCUAUCUGAGAAACUUUGUAGGUAACCAGUUUUUCACACUGUGAAGGUAGCCGGUGGCAGUAGGAAAUAAUGAAAUAGAACAAUGGUGUUUUCUAUAGAGUUUGAAGACCUCUUUCACGCAUGUGCAUUUGGUCAGCUGCAGUAGCUUCUCUUUAUCUAACCAAUGAACAGUGUAACUUAAACCAGCACUUGCUACCUACAGCUUUAAAAAAAAAAGGUUUUUUGUUUGUUUUCUUGUGAUUAUGGUCUGUUACAGUUAAAUGGAAACCUGAUAACAGUACAUGGGUUUCAUCUCAGUGUGAGUUUCAGCUCUGCACUGUAGUUUCUGGACAGCAAGCUAGGCCAGUAAUUUGGCCAUUUUUGCUCCAGUCUAAAAAUAGGUGUGUUAUAUUUGAGCAGAAAUCUCAGCCUUCACAUUCAAGUUCUCUAGAAUGUUGAGCGCUGCAGAGAACGGACACUUUUUAUAUAUAUAUAUAUAAAAGAUGUAAAUGAGUCCCUGUGGAGGACCAUAUGUUUGUUGUUGGAUACAUUUAGUAUUGGUUGGGCCUCUCUAAACAACCAUCAAAAGUCCUGCAAUAUUUCAUGUUCUCUGUCUCUUCAUUUCAAAUGACAGCAGAUCAGGUUAAUGUCCUCUGAGGGCAACUUCACCAGAGAGCAAAACACACUCAACUGGAAUGACUGGUAAAAGUGCUCUCAGAAGAAAAGAACGGAUGGUAGCCUCAGUUUGUUGAUUCGACAAAUUAAACGCUAGUCAUUUUUUAAAUGGGUGGAUAAAUUCCUUUUUUGUAUUAGCAGUCUGAGUCAAUGGAGGUAUAAUUGUGUAUGCAGGAAUGCUUGUAUGCGUGUGUAUUUUUUGUAAGGUGGUGGACUGAGUACACAUUAUUAAAAGUAUCAAAGUAUCAUUUGAAACAAAACUAUAAAUAUUGUAUAGAUUCUCAUUCAUUUCUGUAGUCUUGCUCAUGUAAUGCAACCACCUUUCUUUUUGAAAGGAGUAAAUGUUUGGUACAUGUUUGUAAAUAAUGUUUGUGUAGCACUUGCGGUCUUCAAAUGUGUGUCUGUUCAUUUCUGUGCUUUAAUCUUCAUGGUUUAUUACACAUGAAUUCAAACAUGCUUGCAUAACUUUGUACAUUUUAUAUAUGUUUAUUAAUGCCUUGAAUGUUUGUGUUUGUUCAUUUGUUUGUGUAUGCAUAUGUACAGAUGUGAGAUCACAGCAGCUAUAUUACAGUAUGGAAAUAAAGCACUUGUUCUGUAA